CUAACUUUGCCACCUAAGUUUUAUCGACUUUUUCUUCACCCGCGCUAUACAAAAUCGCUUCUCUAUAUUUUUAGGCGGUUUCUUAUUCUAAAUUCUCUUCAAGAUGACUUCAAUUCAGGAAUUGAAACUUCUUCCCUUGAAUGAAGAUAGUGCCAAUAGUCUCAAUAAAACCAACGGUGUCUACAGCGCUGAAGUUCAAGAACUCGAUGUCCUUGUUGUAGGCGCUGGUUUCGGUGGGGUUUAUCAACUGAAGUCAUUUCGCGACCAUGGAUACCGUGUCAAGCUCGUGGAAGCUGGCACUGAUUAUGGUGGCGUCUGGUAUUGGAAUCGAUACCCAGGUGCUCGUGUAGACACCACUAUCCCUCUUUACGAGUUCUCUGACCCAGAUUUGUGGAAAGACUGGACUUGGAGACAGCGGUUCCCCGGGAGUGCGGAGUUGCGUGCGUACUUUGCUCAUGUGGCCGACAAGUGGAAUUUGAGGAAGGAUACUGAGUUCAACACUUUCGUUAGCUCGGCCUCUUGGGACGAUGUUGAGGCUAAGUGGGUUGCGAAGACGAAGAAUGGCAGGACUUACAAGGUCAAGUUUCUUUCAAUUAGCGCGGGCUUUGCUGCGAAGCGGUACAUUCCAGGCUGGAAGGGAAUCGAGAAGUUCAAAGGGAUAUUCGUCCAUCCCUCAUACUGGCCGCAUGAAGAACCCAAUCUCCGGGGUAAAAGAAUAGCUGUCAUCGGCGCCGGCUCGACAGGCGUCCAGCUAGCAACCGACCUCAGUAAGGUCGCCGAGAAACUGCAUGUAUUCAUACGCACGCCAAACACGUGCAUGCCCAUGAGGCAAGUCAACUACAACCUUCCCGAGCAAGCUCACCCCAGAUCAGAAUAUCCCGACCUCUUCAAUGGCCGCAAGGAGUGCUUCUCUGGAUUUGACUUCGACUUCAUUCCUCGCUCUACCUUCGACGACUCGCUAGAAGAACGUCUGAAUAUAUACGAGAAGCUAUGGGCUGAAGGUGACUUUAAGUUCUGGCUCGCGACCUACAAAGACAUGCUGUUCGUUGAAUCCGCGAAUCGCGAAGCGUAUAACUUCUGGCGCGACAAGACGCGAGCUAGGAUCCACAAAAAGGAGAUUGCCGAUAUCCUGGCUCCAAUGAAGCAACUCCAUGCCUUUGGCUGCAAGCGCAUUUCUCUCGAAAACGGUUACUUCGAGAUCUUCAACGAGCCACAUGUACAUCUCGUUGACAUGAAGGCGACACCGAUCGAGGAAAUCACUGAGAAAGGUAUUAAAACUAGCGAAAAGGAGUUCGAGUUUGAUUACAUUAUCUGUGCAACAGGUUUCGAUGCCCUCACUGGAGGUCUUUCCCAGAUUGACAUUAAGGGUCCUUCUGGGGAGUCGCUGAGUGAGCACUGGGUGGAUGGGUGUAAGACGUAUCUCGGAAUGAGCGUGUCCGGAUUCCCCAACCUGUUCUUCACCUAUGGACCACAGGCUCCGACAGCAUUUUGCAAUGGGCCAACUUGCGCGGAGCUCCAGGGUGACUGGAUAGUGAAUGUCAUAAAUCAUAUGAAGUUGAAGGGAUUGAGGAGGAUUGAAGCCGAAGCUGAGGGUGAGAAGAAGUGGAAGGAGGAUAUCUUGAGGUUUGCAAAUGCAUCGCUUCUCCCGACUGCGAAGUCGUGGUACAUGGGCGAUAAUAUCCCUGGGAAGCCAAGAGAGCCAUUGAUUUACCUUGGAGGUGUUCCGACAUACUACAAGACAAUUAGUGAGUGUGCUGCAAAUGGCUAUAUGGGAUUCAGGACGGAGUAG